AUGAAGUUCAUGCUCCAUAUUUUGAGCAUCUUCUGCUGUUUGUGGUCCUGUGCACUUGGACAAAAUAUUUCUGUGAGACCCAGUGUUGUAAACAUUGGAGCUCUUUUUCCAUUCAAUUCGACAAUUGGGAGAGUUGCCAAGGUUGCCAUCGCUGCUGCAGUCAAUGACAUCAACAAAGAUCCAAGUGUUCUCCGGGGAACAAAGCUGGUUGUUCAGAUGCAAGAUACCAACUACAGUGGUUUCAUCGGCAUUGUUCAAGCCUUGCAAUUCAUGGAGAAAGAUACAAUCGCAAUCAUCGGCCCACAAUCUUCAGUUGUUGCACACGUCAUAUCUCAUGUUGCAAAUGAACUCCAAGUACCUUUGAUGUCCUUUGCUGCAACUGAUCCGACUCUGACACCACUUCAGUAUCCUUUCUUUGUGCGUACCGUCCACAGUGAUCAAUUUCAAAUGGCUUCCGUUGCUAGCUUAAUUGAUUACUAUGGGUGGAAGAUGGUGACAGCCGUAUAUAUUGAUGACGAUUAUGGAAGAAAUGGCAUAUCCUCCUUAGAUGAUGAGCUUGCCAAGAGGAGAUUGAAGAUCUUGUAUAAAGCUGCAAUUAGGCCAGGAGCAAAAAAGAGUGAAAUGGCUGCUGUGCUGGUCAAGGCUGCGAUGAUGGAGUCCCGGGUUUUUGUACUGCAUGCACAUGAUGAUUCUGGAAUUGACGUGUUCUCACUAGCGUAUAAUCUUAGCAUGACAUCCGGUGGAUAUGUGUGGAUUGCAACAGAUUGGCUCACUGCAUACCUCGAUUCAGCUCCUCGUCUUGAAAAUGGAUUACUAAGCACAAUGCAGGGUGUUCUUACAUUGCGUCAGCACACAGAAAACACCGAUAGGAAGAAGACAUUAGUUUCACAAUGGAGUAAACUAGUGAAGGAGGAUAGUGGCAGCAGCGGCAGCUUGCUCAAUUCCUAUGGCCUUUAUGCUUAUGACACUGUCUGGAUGCUUGCUCAUGGGUUGGAUGCAUUUUUCAAUAGUGGCGGAAACAUUUCCUUCUCUCCAGACCCCAGAUUGCGUGCAGUUGCAGGAGCUUUGAAUCUGGAUGCAUUGAGCGUCUUUGAUGAGGGGAUGCUAUUACUAGAAAAAAUCCGCAAAGUAAAUUUCAUGGGUGCAACUGGCCCUGUAAAGUUGGAUUCAGAUGGUAAUCUUAUCCAGCCUGCAUAUGACAUUGUGAACAUAAUAGGGUCUGGUUUGCGGACAAUUGGUUAUUGGUCCAACUAUUCUGGGCUGUCCAUUGUGUCUCCUGAGACACUAUACAAGAAACCAUACAAUGUCAGUGCAAAUCAGGAACUCCACGCUGCAAUCUGGCCAGGUGAGACUGUAACGAGGCCCCGGGGAUGGGUGUUCCCUAACAAUGGAAAUGAGCUGAGAAUUGGAGUUCCCAAUAGGGUAAGUUACCGUCAAUUUGUAUCAGUUGACAAUCAAACUGAAACGGUGGGAGGUUUCUGUAUUGAUGUGUUUGCUGCUGCAAUAAACCUGUUGCAAUACCCAGUUACAUAUAGGUUUAUACCUUUUGGCAAUGGCCGUGAGAAUCCAAGCUACACAGAACUUAUCAGUCGAAUUGUGACGAAUGAAUUUGAUGCUGUUGUUGGGGAUGUAGCUAUUGUCACAAAUCGGACAAAAGUUGUUGAUUUCACCCAACCAUACGUUGGUUCUGGGCUUGUCAUACUUACCGCUGUUAAGACACAGAGCUCGAAUGGAUGGGCUUUCCUGCAGCCAUUUACCAUCAGAAUGUGGUCUGUGACAGGAAUUUUCUUUCUGAUCAUAGGAACAGUGAUUUGGUUGCUCGAGCACAGAAUCAAUGAUGAGUUCCGCGGUCCUCCAGUGAAACAGGUUAUUACUGUUUUCUGGUUCAGUUUCUCAACUCUGUUCUUUGCCCACAGAGAAGACACCAGGAGCACGCUCGGCCGCUUCGUGAUCAUCAUCUGGCUGUUCGUCGUCCUGAUCAUCCAGUCCAGCUACACCGCUAGCCUGACCUCCAUCCUCACCGUGCAGCAGCUGACGUCCCCGAUCACGGGCAUCGACAACCUGAUCGGCAGCGACGAGCCCAUCGGGUUCCAGGUCGGGUCCUUCGCGGAGAGCUACCUGGUGCACGAGCUGGGCGUCUCCCCGUCGAGGCUCAAGGCGCUGGGCACCCCGGACGAGUACAAGCAGGCGCUAGACCUCGGCCCUCGCAAAGGAGGCGUCGUGGCCGUCGUCGACGAGCUUCCGUACGUCGAGCUCUUCCUGCUCCAGCACGACAAGGUCGCGAUCGUGGGCGCCGAGUUCACCAAGAGCGGCUGGGGCUUCGCGUUCCCGCGGGACUCGCAGCUGGCCGUGGACCUGUCGACGGCGAUCCUGGCGCUAUCGGAGAACGGCGACCUGCAGAGGAUCCACGACAAGUGGCUGUCGAACGGGCCGUCGUCGCCGCAGUCCACGAUGGACCUGGAGCCGGCCGAACGGCUGCGGGUGCAGAGCUUCUCGGCGCUGUUCCUCAUCUGCUGCGUGGCGUGCCUCGCGGCGCUGGCCAUCCACGGCUGCAUCCUGGUCCGGCAGUACUCCAUCCACGUGGCGUCCCAGCCGCCGGACGCGGUGGCCACGGGCGCCGACGGGGCCAUCUCCCGCUCCCGCCGCAGCAGCAUCCGGGCGUUCCUGUCCUUCGCGGACCGCCGGGAGACGCAGUGCCAGCUGAAGGGGAGCUGCAAGGACCCCGCGGCGCUGGGAGGGUCCGGCACCGGCACCAGCUCCAGCAGCGGCGUCAGCAGCUUCACGUCGAGCAACGCCAGCAUGUCGAGGUAG